AUGGCAGAACGUGAAAGAAGAGCGGGUGAUAGAGUAAGGCUGUCAUUGAUCUCUCUUUCUUUCGCGCCUUUUCUCGCUCCCUUUGUCUGUCUGCUCUCUCUCACUCUAUCUUGCUCUCGCUUUCUUUCUGUGGAUGCGUCCUCGCUCUACGAAGCACGGCGGAGUUCGGACAGCCUGCCGCCUUCUCCUCUCCUCUCCGUCGAGUUCUUCUGGAACCCUUUCUCGUGCGCGAAUCCGGAGGAAGAGUGGGAGGCCGCAUCCGGCGGAGGAGUCCACCGCCGAAGACGCCGAGGUCACGGUCGGCGCCGCCUCACGGAGAGGUCGUACGUUCCCAGGCUUCUGCUUCCCUGAAAGGCCGCUCCGGGUAUGUUCUAGUGCCGUCUUUCGACGAAUUCUCGCCUUUCGUUGAUCCGGGGGUUAUGUUCUAGUGCCGUCUUUCGAUGGGUUCGUGAUUUUCUGUGUCGGGGGCAUCUUCUUGUGGACUCUUUGGAUGGGAUCUUUAUUUUCUUUGAUUUGGACUUUCGGUUGCCUGCGGUGGUGCGGGUGGUGCGAGAUUGCUGAAGAACGCUCUGGCUUUCCUCCUUCCUCUUAUUUAUUUACCUUCUUCCGAUUUGUUUUGCCGCUUCGUUGCUGAUUCGAUUUGAUGUUUGGUCUGGGUAGGGGGAUCUAUCUUCUUCUUUAGACUUCCAUCCGAUUGCUCUUUGGGGACGGAUGAGUGUUACCGUCUGGAGGAGAAAAGAUUAUUUCAGCAAGGUUUAUCGAUUGACGGUGACGGGUGAGCGUGUUGAAUCAAGGGGCACAUUCGAUUUUCGGAUCGCUGAGCGAUCGACCAGUUUCUGGAGAAGAACCCGGUGAUUUCCGGCAGGAAACAACACCCUCCGUACCUGCAGCUCUCCCGAGCGUUAUUCCCCACCCAGAAAAACCAUCAGAACUUGGUGGCGGGCUGUCCUGUUGAGAAAGCAGCUGGAAUCGAGGGAGGAAGUGUGGACGAGGUUGUCGGGCUACAGGAGGAAGCGAGGAUGUCUCCCAUCCCGGAUCGGGUACAUGCUUCGACGUCCCUCAUUCCUUUCCUUGACGGCGACUGUAGAGAGCUUUCUCUCUCCAUCCCAAAGCACAUCACAUCUUGACAAUAGGAAUGUCCUAUCCAAAAUCGACAGGUGCAGGUCGGAAAUUCUCCAUUAUACAAGGUAGAGAGAAUGUUGGGUGCAGGAGGUUUUGGGCUGGUCUACAUUGGACGAAGGGUGGCUGGUGGAUCUCAGGGCAAUGGGCCCAAUGCCUUUAAGGUUUAGUUUCAACCUCCCAUCACUCCUGCCAAGGGAAUCUUUAAAUACUGCUGUUUUAUGUUGUCUCUUUCAUUUUCCUGCGGUGGGUGUAGGUAGCACUGAAGUUUGAGCAUAGAAAUAGCACGGGUUGCAGAUUUGGCCCCCCAUAUGAAUGGCAAGUUUAUGAGUAAGAAGACACCCCCUACUGCUCUAAUUUAUUACGUAUUGUGUCGAUCUAAAACUACGUUCUUCAUCUGACUUUGUGAAUAUGGUUUUAGCCAUCUCAAGGGAUGCUAUGGAUUGCCUAGGGUGCACUACAAGGGCCGCCAAGGAGAUUAUUUCGUCAUGGUUGGCGUAGAGUCUUUCAUUUUAUUGUUUCCUCGAAUUAUGUUUUUUAUUGAAAGCUAAUUAUGAUAUUGUUGAUGAUGAUUGCUGCAGAUCAUGGACAUCCUUGGACCAAGUCUCCUGGAUGUGUUCAUAUCCAUUGGGCAAGUGUAAGAAAAUAAUCUUGACUUCAUAUUCAAAGUCAAUAUUCUGUUGAGAAUUGUGCUAUUGAGUUUGACUAACUCCUUGGACAGAAUGCCACCAAAUAUGGUGGCUUGUAUUGCUGUGGAGGCAAUAUCCAUCCUUGAGAAGCUACACCAAAAAGGGUACGUAUGGCUUUGUGGCAGUGUGAUAUUUUUUCAAUUAAAUUUUUGCAAAGGUCACAGUAAUCAAUUCAUUGCUCCCUUGUGCACUCCCCUCCCUCCCUCCACCCACACAAAAAAAAAAACAUGCCAGGUUUGUGCAUGGAGACGUCAAGCCAGAGAAUUUAUUGUUGGGUAAACCCGGAAGCUCAGGGGAGAAGAAGCUUUUUCUCAUCGACUUUGGGCUGGGUAUGUUGCUGCAUUCCAAUCACUUCUUGUUUUCACCUUUCGCACCUAUUGAUUUUAGAGUAGGGUUUGUUUUUCCAAGUAUAUAAACAAAUUCGUCUUGACUGAGAAGUCCCUGUCUGUAUCAACAUCAGUGAUAUUUUUGUGCUUUGUUCAGAGCCUGUACAAAUGCUAAUUGGUGUCAUUAAUAUUUUAAUCAGCUUCAAUGUGGAGGGACAGUUUGUCAGGCCAGCAUGUCAGCUUAUGCCAACAGCCAGAUAAUUUCAGGUUUUUUGGGAAACGAUAUUCUAUUUUUUCCCUAAAUUCUUAGCUAAGAGGAGGAUUCAUAAAAUCUUACCCCUACCUUACUAUCUAUCUCAUGUUCCCUAGGGGCACAACACGAUAUGCAAGCGUCCAUGCACAUUUAGGCCUCACAGCGAGUAGAAGAGAUGAUCUUGAGUCAUUGGCCUACACUCUGAUUUUUUUGAUUAAAGGAAGGCUGCCGUGGGAAGGCUAUCAGGUUUGCUUUCACCUCUACUUGUACAUGUUCUCCCAUCUCUUUGAUUGAUCACUUGCUGAUUCUUAUGCCAACUAUGUAGGGGAAUGACAAGAGGUUUCUAGUCUUCAUGAACAAGACUGUAACCUCCCCCGAGACGCUGUGUGGUGGCUGUCCCCCUCCUUUUGCACAAUUCCUUGAAGCAGUGAAGAAGAUACAAUUUGUUGAGCAGCCCACCUACUCGAAGCUCAUUUCUCUUUUUGGAAGCUUGAUAUGCCCCCCCUGCACCCUGUUAAAGACCAUUCGGAUUGAUGCAAUUUUGAAGGUGGUUGCAAACAUGACAUCACUGAAAUUACCUCACAUAUUUUUAUUUUAUGUCAGAUGGUUUUAUCUCUUUUUCAUGGCUCUAUCAUCUGUUGUUAAAUAGGCUGACCAUGUUUCCAACAGGUUCACCAAAAACGUGGAAGAUUGCAGGUAA